AUGGCGGAAACAGCGGGCGAAGACGUGGCAGAAGCAAGACGGCAGCAAAGAAACGCGCGUGCAAGGGAAAGAAGAGCGCAAGAGUCUGAAUCUGACGCUCAAGCACGUCGUGAGGCACGUCGAGCCCGUGCCAGAAUCCGGACGGGGCAACAAACCGAAUCUCAAAGGGAAGCGCGUCGUCAAGCCAACCGUGAACGUGCUGCAGCACGAAGAGCAGCAGAGACGUCUGAGCAGCGCGAGGAGCGUCUCCGUCGACUGAGGGAGAGAGCCAGGGUGCGCAGAGCGGGAGAAACCACCCCCCUCCGAAAUGCGCGGCGCGAAGCGGAUUGCAUUGCGACACGAGGCACUAGAGCGGAGGAAUGUACUCCUAUUCGUGAGGGGCGGCGAGAAUCGGAUCUUAUUGCAACGCAAAGAGGCCGAGCCGAGGAAAAUACUCCACUGAGAUCUUCGAGACAGGAGUCGAAUCGCUUGGCAAUGCGACAAGCAAGAGCUGUGGAUAUAUCCCCUGUCAUAGCUGCGCGGCAAAGAUCCGACCGCCAGGCUCGAAGUGCCUCUCGACAGCUCUUCCCUCCACUACCCGAGUCCUCUCCUUCGUACCGCGAUCUCGGCAUGAUCCGUGUUGAGUGUUCACACUGCAAAGCUCUGCAUUUCGUCCAAGAACGCAUGGGGGGCAGCUCUGCCGCAAGGCCCAUUUUUUCCACAUGCUGUGGGAAGGGGAAGCUGUCAUUGCCGCUUCUCCCCGACCCGCCAGCUCUUCUGCGCUCUCUUCUCAUCGAUGAUACUCCAAGGGCCUGCAGCUUCCGUAAGAACAUUCGAGCAUACAAUGUAGCGCUAUCGAUGGCAUCUACGCGCACAAGGCUUGGAACCUCUAGACAACUGGAAGAGGCACUGAUGACGCAACUGACACACAUGCUGCACGAAUGCAACCCCUACGUGCAGACGUUUCUGUGUAUGCGAGAAUGGGCUCAAUCUCCUCAAAACAACUGUCCUGCCACGUACCAGAUGGUCAUCCAUGGCGACCGCAGGCCAAGUCAUGAGCACGUGCGCCGGUACAAUGGUCCCGAAGCUUCUGAAGUCGCCGCAUUGAUCCCUGGAAAUGAAGACGGAGAGAUUGGGCGAAGAGAUAUCGUCGUGCGCAGGAGAGGGACUCUGAACAGUAACGGGAACGAAGUGCUGGAUCCGAUUUCAGUCAGUCAUCGCGCAUACGAUCCAUUGAGUUACGUGCUUUUGUUCCCGAACGGUAGAGAUGGAUGGUAUCCAGAGCUUCGAUUCUCCAGUGUUCAAGACGGCAGACGUACCAAGAUUACUCCGAUGAUGUACUACGGAUGGCAUUUGUUCGAAAGAUCAGGCGAGUUCAGCACAAUCUUGCACGCAGCACGACUCUUUCAGCAAUACUUGGUUGACCAGUUCUGCAAAGUGGAGGCAGAAAGGCUUUCUUAUCUCCGCCACAACCAGACACAACUUCGAGCCGCCGACUACACCUCACUGCGCGACAGCCUAGGAGACUCCCGUCGUGCUGAAGAUGAAGCCGAUGCCGUGCAUGCGGGACGACUGUUCAUUCUCCCUUCCACGUAUAUUGGAGGUGACCGCUAUAUGAGGCAGCAGAUGCACGACAUCAUUGCUAUAUCGAACCAAAUUGGCCACCCGGACAUCUUCCUCACCAUGACAUGCAAUCCAAGCUGGCCGGAGAUCACAAGAGCCCUACUGCCGAACCAAACGCCUCAGGACAGACCGGAUCUGUGCGCACGUGUGUUUCGUCUCAAAAUGAAAGAUCUCAUGUCCUUGGUCAUCAACGAAGAAGUAUUCGGAACCGUUGUUGCCCAUGUACGAAUCCCGUCUGCCCAAGAUCCAGAACUCCAAGAGGUCGUGCUCAAGCAUAUGAUUCACAAUCCAUGUGGAGAACACAAUCCAACAGCCGUGUGCAUGGGCGAGCGGUACUGCAGGAAAGGGUUUCCAAAAUCGUUCAAACACGAAACCAGCCAGUCCGACAGUGAGUACUACAUCACGUACCGAAGAAGGGCACCCUCUGCAGGUGGCGUCUCCAUCGAGCGACCCUCCCACAACUCCUGGGUCGUUCCUCAAAGUCCUGUGCUUCUACGUUCAUUCGCUUGCCAUUUGAAUGUUGAACUCUGCGUGUCACGCGUUGGCGGAAUCAAGUACCUCUUCAAGUAUGUGUUCAAGGGACAAGACCGAGUGACCAUGGAAAUCACUGCCGAAAACGAGCGCUACGACGAGAUCUCCAACUUCCAAGAUGCCAGAUACGUUUCGGCAUCGGAGUCCGCAUGGAGGUUAUUCUCCUUUGACAUUGUAGACCGCAAUCCUCCAGUAGUCAGGCUUGCAGUGCAUCUGCCCAACCACCACACGGUUUACUUUGAGGAAGGGCGAGAGCAGGAGGCGGCGCUUCGACCAGCAACAGGCACGAAGCUGACCGAGUGGUUUAAAGCCAACGAGAAGUACCCAAGCGCGCGGCAUAUUCGGUACCACAAGUUUCCAAAGUACUUUACGUGGAAGACACGCACCAAGUCAUGGACCUACGAUUUCAGUGGUACAGGUGCCAACGUAGUCGGUCGAAUCUACACUGUCAGUCCGAGGGAGGGUGAGCGCUACUUUCUUCGCCUCCUCCUCACACAAGUGCCAGGGGCAACAUCCUUCGAGAACUUGCGAAAUAUCGACGGCGAGCAGUGCACCAGCUUCCGACAAGCUUGCUUACGACUCGGUUUACUGGCCGACGAUGCCGAGUGGAAGCACGCAAUCCGAGAUUCAUUCCGGUCAAGCUUCGUUCCUCUUUCUCAUCUUUUUGCUACGAUUCUGGCACACUGCCAGCCUUCGGACCCUCUCUCGCUGUGGAACGACCACCUGGACAUGUUUCUCACCGAUAUUCGCAAUCGUGCACGCAGACAACCCAUUCGAAGACAGCAGCUUCGCGAUGAUCACCACGCCACAUCUUACGUACUUCGAGAGGUACAGGAGGCUCUGCAGACCCACGAGCGCAGCAGUGGGAAGGGCGACUACAGACGUCACUUCCUUCGUACGCGCCGUAAGCAGGUCAUCGCUGUCGCUACGUCUGCUGUUGCUGCUGUGCUGCUCGACGGUGGACGCACCGCUCAUUCCGUGUUCAAGAUUCCCAUUCCUGUAUCUGCCGAAAGCACGUGCAGCUUCUCCGCAAACUCCGACACAGGCCGUACACUGCAACAAGUCGAUCUCAUCAUAUGGGACGAGAUCGUCAUGUGCCAUCGACAUUGCAUUGAGACUGUCGAUCGCUCCCUUCGAGACUUGAUUCAAACCGACCGGCCCUUCGGAGGAAAGUUCCUCGUGCUCGCUGGAGACUUUAGACAAAUCCUUCCCGUCGUUCCGGGCGGGUCCAGAGGUCAAAUCGUGAGUGCGUGCGUCAAGGCUUCCCCGCUGUAUCGAGAGUGCCGAUUCCUGCGCCUUACCGAGAACAUGCGCCUUGCUGCUCUCCGAGCGGACCCUGCAGCAGAUGUGGAGGCUCUCAACUUUCCAGAGUUCCUCCUCAGCGUCGGGGAAGGCAGACUUCAAGGCGAACAGCGCCCGGAAUGGAUCUCACUACCACAGUCCGUUGCGUUCGAGCACACCAUCCGCAGUUUAUGCCUCAAGGUCUUCCAAGGCAUUGGAGACAAUCACGCCGACCCUGCCUGGCUCACCAAGCGCGUUAUACUCACCACAAAGAACAGGCCGCUCGAGGAAGUCAACGAGGUCAUCGGCAACAUGAUUCCGGGAUCGUAUCGAACGUAUUUGAGCGCAGACAAGGUCGAGAACGAAGACACCAACGCGCUGAUCUAUCCCACAGAAAUGCUCAACACCUUGACCGCCGGAUCUGCUCUACCAGACCACAAGCUCAAGCUCAAGAAAGGCUUCAUCGUCAUGCUUCUGCGCAAUCUCGAUCCCGCUACCGGUCACGUCCACGGCACGUGA